ACCCAUUAAUCCAUAAACCGGCCCCGCUCUCUCUCUCUCUCUCUGGUUUAUCCUCGUUUCUUUCUUUCCACUCUCGUUGUCUGCUGGAGAGAAAAAUGGGUUUUGCUGCUUCAAUGUCUUCCCCUCCUCCUCCUCUGCAACUUUCCUCCUCCUCCUCCUCAUCAUCAUCAUGGUCAAAGUCAGCUCUUUUCAGCGUGACCCCAGUUUCCUUUUCUCCUCCAACUGGAAAAAAUGCACAGUAUCGUAAACGACUCGUCGUAUUGUCAAAGAGAGUUUCACCUCUAGAAGAGGGCAUGAGAAUCAGGAGAGAACGAGAGCUUCAAAAGACGGUUAAGUUUAGAAAAAGGCCACCAUUGAGGCGGGGGAGAGUAUCGCCAAGGUUGCCAGUGCCCGAUGAUAUUCCAAAGCCUCCAUAUUUAGGUUCAAAUGAGUUGCCAGAUAUUUCUAGUGAGCAUCAGAUUCAUGACUCUGAAGGGAUUGUUAAAAUGAGGGCAGCCUGCGAGCUUGCUGCUCGCGUUUUGGAUAAUGCUGGCAAAUUGGUUAGGCCAUCAGUGACAACAAAUGAGAUUGACAAAGCAGUGCACCAGAUGAUCAUUGAUGCUGGUGCUUAUCCUUCACCUCUUGGUUAUGGAGGAUUCCCAAAGAGUGUGUGUACAUCAGUUAACGAGUGCAUGUGUCAUGGAAUACCUGACUCUCGUCAGCUGCAGGAUGGUGACAUAAUAAAUAUUGAUGUGACGGUCUACUUAAAUGGCUAUCAUGGAGACACUUCAAAAACAUUUCUGUGUGGGAAUGUCAAUGAUGCUCUUAUGCGUCUCGUGAAGGUGACUGAGGAGUGUUUGGAAAGAGGGAUAGCUCUAUGUAAAGAUGGUGCUAGUUUCAAGAAAAUCGGAAAGAGAAUUAGUGAGCAUGCUGAAAAAUAUGGUUAUGGUGUGGUGGAGCGUUUUGUUGGACAUGGUGUAGGGACUGUAUUUCAUUCUGAACCAUUAAUACUACAUAAUCGCAAUGACAGGCCUGGCAUCAUGGUUGAAGGUGAAACUUUUACCAUUGUGCAUUUCAAAUAUGCUUUUUACUUGUCGUACACAAUUUCCUUGCGCUGAACCAUGCUGUGUUUGCAUCAAGGAGGACCCAGAGUGACAUUACUAAUCUAGCUACCGCACAAUUAUCAUAUAGCAGUACACAUUUCACGAUCCUACCCUUAUCAGUGUUUUCUAGCUGAAAAUAGAGUAUAUUUGGCAUCUUCCGUGAUUUUGUGAACAAAAUGAAAUUGUCAGGACAUUUUAAUUAAACCUUGCGCUGUUCUAUAAUUAGAGAAAUUCCUUGUGUCCAUGCUAAUCAGAUACAUUUCUUUUCAUUGAAGGGGGGAAAAACAAGUAUAAUGCUGAACAACUGUUAUUUUGUUUCAUACCACCUUUAUGCCUCUCAUUUUAAACCUUUUUCUACAGAACCAAUACUUACAAUAGGAAGCA